AUGGUUAACGUUAGCGGUGCCCGAAACAGCGCGCGAGACAGCAUGGACGACAGCCGCAGUAACCAGACGUCGUACCACAAGCGCGCGAGACUGGAUGAGUCCGACAAGGUGUGCGCGCCGUUCACAACGCCCCACAGCGAGGUGCCUUCAGCUCUUCCCAACGAAUUCUCAUGGCAAGGUCAUGAGAGCCACUCGGUUCAUAUGGCCGGCGAGUUCGAGAUUUCGCAAACACCCGCUGAGGUACAAGACGAGCUACUCCGCAUGAUUGAGGAGGGAAUCCGGCCGACGCCCUCGUUCCUGUUUGAGCUGCCGGAUGCUGGUCUACCUCCCCAACAUUCAUACGUCCCAGAUGCGCCGAUGUGGCCCGUCUUGGGUCAUGCCGCGACGGCGGAGGCAGUGGCGCACCCACCGUCAUCGUUCUAUGGGUACCUUCAUGGUACCGAUGGAUGUGACGGCUUACCAUCCAUACUGUCAGACACUGACGUCCCUGCCGUGGGCACGAUCUACUCUGCGGUUAACCCCUUUGCACCCGCCAUGGCGGAGAAUCUACCUGUUCUACAGGGCGAGCAUCAAGCCCUCAGAAACGCUGCGCCCUCUGGACUUGAACCGGGAUCUGUCACCACCCAGGAGCUUCCCAUUUGGUGGCCGACAUAUGGUGAAGGCGAGAUUUAUCUUGACAGGAGUGCCACCGGUUCCGACUUUGGCGACGUCGUCGACUAUCUUGAGACCGCACAGCCGCGAGCAAGCGGAGACAUGUCGCACGUAGAAACCAUGGCAGGCAACGCGGUGGAUGCUCUUCAACCGCUACUGGCCGACAUCUCACGUACCGGAUCUAUCGGGUGCCUGAACGACUUUGGAUUUGCGGAUAACACGUCGUCGGCUGAGCUUCCCAGCAUCCCGUCCUCUCCUGCGUUUCUUGCGUCCGGACAUGCGUUGGACAGGGUGCUCAUGCUUGACGAGGGGGAUGAAUCUCCAUGGGGCACGUCUAGUGAAGAGGCCUCGCAUUCGGAGAAGCCAGCAGUGAGUGGCGUAGUCGGGCAGGGGCUCGAUCAGCAGACAGCAGACAAAGAGAAAUCUGCUGGCUUCACGCGAAAGCUACUCGAAAUAACGCGCGACCUCGUUUACGGCGCAUGCGAUCGAUUGCUGCCGGAUACGUACGACGCCGUCCCCAUCAGCACUAUGACGCCUACAAGCAGGACCAGUGCUCCGAUCAGCACCGACUCGAGCUUCACGACGACGACGACGACGACGACGGCGGCGGCGGCGGCGGCGGCGAGCGAGAGGACGGCACCACCCACGGUUACGAGCACGGUAACGGCUACGAUCACAGUCACGAUUACGAGCGCGAGCGCUGCUGCCGAUGUUGUAGGACCUGGUACCACUACCACCACGAGGACGGUCGCUACGUCGGCCGUUGUCGCGGACGAAGAUGCAGGGACAGCCACUCUGACGCUUUGA